CCCUUUCUCUCUCUCCGCCACCUGCACAGACAAUCACGCCUCCGUCCUCGUCGCAAAAUCUGUGCUUUCCUGCACCUGCGCCGGGAAUUCCGUCGCCAUUUUACUAUGAUGUGAAGGAGCGGCGCGAUGCACGCCUACAAUCGGCUCCCCAGCAGCGGACACAGUAGCCCCUCGUCACCGCCGGUGUCUCCGUUCAGCCGCUCCCCGCGGUACCGCUACCGAGGCUCCAAAUCGGGGAGGCCUCCUCCGAAGACGCUCGCGCAGCGCCUCGCCUGGAUCCUACUCUCCGUCCUCUUAAAGCGGCAGGGGAUUUUCCUGUUCGCACCCCUCCUGUAUAUUGCGGGGAUGCUGUUCUAUAUGGGGACGGUGACGUUUGAUGUGGUUCCGGUGAUCAAGCACAGGCCUGCCGCUGGGUCGGUUUACCGGAGCCCUCAGUUGUUCGCCAAGCUCCGUCCCGAGAUGGACUCGGAUAAUUCCACGGCCGAUGCGGCAGUGGUAGAUCGAGACAUCAUUGUACUUAUAUUACCAAGCCGUUUUCUGAUGAAAAAAUGCAUUGAUUAUGUUUUGCAUUUUGAGGAUGCUGUUCAUGCUUUUCCUGAUUCUAUAUUAACAAUAUGGAAGCACUCAUAUAAAAGUGGUGAAUGGAGACCUUGCAUCAACAUGUCUUCUAAAGGCUUACCGGAAUCAAAUGGGUAUAUUUUUGUCGAGGCCAAUGGUGGUCUAAAUCAGCAGAGAACAUCAAUAUGCAAUGCUGUGGCAGUGGCAGGCUACCUCAAUGCAACUCUUGUCAUUCCAAACUUUCACUUUCACAGCAUUUGGAGAGAUCCAAGCAAAUUUGGUGAUAUUUAUGAUGAAGAUUUCUUUAUAAAAACACUAGAAAAUGAUGUGCGGAUAGUUAGAACAAUUCCGGGCCACAUAAUGGAGAGGUUUGACUAUAAUAUGAGCAACGUUCACAACUUCAGGAUAAAAGCAUGGUCAUCUAUCAAGUACUACACUGACACAGUUCUUCCAAAACUACUAGAAGAAAAGAUUAUAAGAAUUUCUCCAUUUGCAAAUCGACUGUCAUUCGAUGCUCCACCUGCAGUUCAACAGCUUAGAUGCUUGGCAAACUACCAAGCUCUUAAGUUUUCAGAUCCUAUUUUGACUUUAGGUGAAACAUUGGUUGCAAGAAUGAAAGAGCGUAGUGCUAAUAAUAGUGGCAAAUAUAUCUCUGUGCAUCUUCGCUUUGAAGAGGAUAUGGUUGCUUUCUCUUGUUGCGUAUAUGAUGGUGGGGAGCAAGAAAAACUGGACAUGGAUGCUGCUAGGGAAAGAGGUUGGAAGGGAAAAUUUACUAAACGAGGUCGGGUCAUUCAGCCAGGGGCCAUCAGAUUGAAUGGGAAGUGCCCUCUGACUCCUUUAGAGGUAGGUUUAAUGCUCAGGGGAAUGGGCUUUGAUAAAAGUACUUCGAUAUUUUUGGCAUCUGGAAAAAUAUAUGACUCUGAGAGGUAUAUGGCUCCUCUUCUAGAAAUGUUCCCAUUGCUACAAGCAAAAGAGAUGCUGGCAUCUGCAGAGGAACUAGCCCCGUUUCAGAACUACUCGUCCAGAAUGGCUGCUAUAGAUUACACCGUUUGUCUUCACAGUGAAGUAUUUGUCACAACUCAAGGUGGAAAUUUUCCUCAGUUCCUUUUGGGGCACAGGAGAUACUUGUAUGGUGGUCACUCGAGGACAAUUAGGCCUGACAAGCGGAAAUUGGCAUUACUAUUUGAUAAUCCAAAUAUCGGGUGGCGGAGCUUCAAACGGCAAAUGCUAAAUAUGCGAGCACAUAGCGACUCAAAAGGUAUUGAGAUCAAGAGACCAAACGACUCCAUAUAUUCUUAUCCCUGUCCCGAUUGCAUGUGCAAACUGAACAAGACAGAUGUUUCAAAACCAUCAUCUGUAUCAUCAAAUGCAACGCGAUCGAUUCAGAGGACAGAGACAAAUAGUAAUGAAACAAGACAGUAAUCGGUUCAGGGGACAGAAACAAACCGAGGUUCUUUUCAGUUCCAUUUUUGUAAGUGUGGCUGCUAACCCCCAUAUACAUUUGAUUGUGAUUCUUUAAUUUUUUUCCCAUCUUUCUGAACGAGGACUAAAAGUAAAAAAAAAAAAACAACCUUUUUUUUU